AUGGCUGGAAUAAUCAACGAACGUGCUUCAACGAGUUCGGAAUUUCCUCCAACUCCAGUUCCAAUCAUGGUUACAUCGCAGAUGCGUGGUUUAGCUGACAAUUUGUAUGAUAAAGUUGGAAUAUUUCUACAAGGACAAAUUGAAGGAACAAUAGCUGAAUAUAAAUUGUUAGAAAAUAUGAAUAAUGCCACAAUACAACGUUAUGAUGAUAUGAAACAAGUUGCCGAUGGCAUUUCCGAGAAACUCCUACAACUCAAUGGAAAAUAUGAAGCACUUCGUCCAUAUUUGCAACAAAUUGAUGAAAUUGAUGAAAGUACCCGUAAAUUGGAAGAAGCAACUAAUUUGCUGGAGAAUUAUGUCUCUCAACUUGGUUAG